ACGGUUUCAGGUCUCUGCAGCCUUGGGGCUUGGGGCUUUUUCAGCAGAUCCCAGGACAGGGAUUUUGAUUCCAUCGUAUUCACCGUUCACUGAUAGCAAAUUUCUCCAGGAAGUCGACUAGCCGGAUGCACCCCAUCAUCCUUGCCCCGCCAUACUGUUCAACCCUCUACUCUGUGAUGAACACACAAUCCCGUUAAUUGUUCCAUUGGACUGAAAACUGAAACUAGAUUUCUUGUUCUCUGCAAUCCCUCUUAAGUUUUUGUUUGUCACACCCCGCGUUGUCUUCUCGGUCAAUAGCAGUAAAAGAGGAGACACGAAUUUCCUACAAAACCCUAUGGCAUUGCAACCUCAAAACGGCCAACGGCCACAAGUCCAACCAUGUCGAUAUAAAACAGGGAAGACGCUAGGAGCUGGCUCCUAUUCGGUCGUGAAGGAAUGCGUGCAUAUUGAUACUGGUCGAUAUUAUGCUGCGAAGGUCAUCAACAAGCGAUUGAUGGCUGGAAGGGAGCACAUGGUUCGAAAUGAAAUCGCUGUGCUGAAAAAGGUGUCGAUGGGUCAUCGAAAUAUCUUGACUUUGGUGGAUUACUUUGAAACCAUGAAUAACUUAUACCUCGUCACCGACCUCGCGCUUGGAGGAGAGCUGUUCGACCGAAUUUGCCGUAAGGGUAGCUACUAUGAAUCCGAUGCUGCGGAUCUCAUUCGUGCCACUCUCUCCGCGGUAGCAUACCUCCAUGAUCAUGGAAUCGUACAUCGGGACUUGAAGCCCGAGAACCUUUUGUUUCGCACGCCGGAGGACAAUGCCGACCUCCUAAUCGCAGAUUUUGGACUGUCGAGAAUAAUGGACGAAGAACAGUUUCAUGUCCUGACUACCACUUGUGGUACACCAGGCUACAUGGCGCCAGAGAUCUUCAAGAAGACUGGUCAUGGGAAGCCUGUCGACAUCUGGGCCAUCGGCGUCAUAACCUACUUCCUCCUCUGCGGCUACACCCCCUUCGAUCGGGAUUCCAACCUUGAAGAGAUGCAAGCCAUCCUUGAGGCGGACUACUCCUUUACCCCAGUCGCAUACUGGCGCAACGUCUCCCAAAGCGCCCGCGAGUUCAUCAAACGCUGCCUCACCAUCGACCCUCACGCCCGCAUUACCGCUCACGAAGCUCUUCAACACCCAUGGAUCAGUCCACCCGCCGAUCCUCUCAAUCCCAACGUUCCCGUGCGCAUGGGCUCGGGAGAAGACCUUCUCCCGGUGGUCAAGAAGAACUUCAACGCUCGCCGAACACUUCACAAGGCCAUCGAUACGGUUCGCGCGAUCAACAAACUGCGUGAAGGUGGUGGAUUGAUGAUGGAAGGGGCAAUGAGUGUGGAUCCAAAGCCGGAACGGGUCAUUGGUGACAGAGUGUUGCAAGAAGAUGAUGAGGAUAGGAUGGAGAUUGAUAGUCGGGGUAAUGCUAGAGGUCAGACAGAGGAGCAAAUUAGGGAGCAGGAAAGGAAAGUGAAGGAAGUUGUGACGGGCUUGUGGAGUCAGACUGCGGCUAGGAGAAGAUGAGAAGGGCUGGUAGGUUUUUUGGUUUCUUUUGCUUGGUUUCAUGGCGAUGCUUUAAGGCGGAUUGUAGCGAUGAGGGUGAGACUCUCUACAAUCCCUGCCCAGUUUAUACUGGAGUUUGAGUUUUCAAAUCGAAAGUUCAUCGUUGAAGCUUGUCCCCGGGUGUAUAUCCAUAAUGGUGUUUAUAGCAUGUAGCCGAAGUUAGUAAAUAUC